AAAGCUCACCAUGCAGCCACGCCCAGUUUGUUCACCUGAUAAAUAACCAACACCAGUCCUUUUCCAAUUCUCAGGGUAUGUAAGGUGGAGCAAUAUGACGAAUAAUGGAUAUGCAAAAGAGGAACUUGGCUUAAUAGUAGAACAAGGUAAAAUAAAUAAAUAUUAUCCUGGUAAAUUGGAUGAAUAUUCUACUGCCAAAAACUUCUCAACCAAUAAAUGCUGUGAGUUAAUCAAGACAAUGAUACCAUCAGUUGUGGAUACUUUAAAAACUGUAACUCUUUCUCAAGAAUUUGAUUCUGACAAAAUACAACAUUAUACAGAGCUAAAUAAGCAAAAUACUACUUAUAAAACAAUUAUAGUUUGUAUUUCAAAUGUUGUUGUAAAAUUAGAUUUUAAAAAGCACAGUAUGGCUAUAUUUGGGAUUUCUGGGAUUUCUAACGGGAUAGCAAAAGCAAAACUCAUUAAACACGUACCUUUUAAGUCACUCGAAGACCUGACCAAAUAUCUUAAUUCCAAGUAUUGUACGGGCCCAAAAAUUGAGCAGCCGAGGGUUGAUAAAUACAUUCUUGAAGAAAUUUGUCAUUUUGCAAUUUACCCCAAUGGGAAAAUUUCUUAUUAUGCACAAAUACUGCACGUUAUAGAAAAUGGAUCAAUUCACAGAAAUGGAGCAAAUCGUACAUACAUUAUAGCAGGACAGUUUAUUUGUUUAAUUGACAGGAAUGACCUCUAUAUUACACCUGUGUUCAGAAUGAAUCACUUUACUGAGGACGGCAACGUUAUUAAAGUGACUGACAUUAAUAUUUCCGAAAAAAACAUGUCAUAUAGUACAUUAUGUAAUAAGUUUUCCAAGUCACAAAACUUCCGAGAAUCUCUCAUUUACUUCAUCAAUGGAGAUCAAGAAAAACUUUUUCAUUACAUUCAUAACCCAUUUCAUGCAACUGCUUUAGUGGCGGUGUUAAUCUCAGAGGUAAUCAGAAAUCCAAUUAUGAUAUUUAAUAACAGAAUUGCAAUUCAAAUGAAUACAUUACAUACAUUUAGUGAGUUCCUCCAGAUCUUGCCAUCUCUAGCUGGGGGAACCUGGAAGGGUCAAAAAGCCUAUGGUCCUAAAUUUUUAAAAAAAACCGAAACAUUUCUCAGCAAUGUGGAAUUCAGUGAUUUACCGUUAAUUGAUGGUGAUUUAUAAACAAACUAGGCACAUUUGGGGAGUCUUCAUACAAAUGGUUCAUUAGAUCAGUCUAAAAUGUUGCACAUACACUGAUGCCAUAUAGUGGCCAAAAUCUAAAUUGCGCUUGGGAUGGAAUAAUACAUUAUGGCCUUUGUCUUGCAUUUUCAAAGAUGAUGGUACAAAAAAUAAUACAGGUUGUUUUUAUCUUUGUACAAUUGGCCCAGUGUUGUGCUGGUUUGGAUGGUGUAGGCUGUCAUUGUAAAUAGGAAUUUGUUCUUAACUGAAUGGUUCAGUUAAAAUUAAGCAAUUUAAAAUAAAUCUAAACCUAAGAAAUGUACAGAGCAAGGCAGUUAACACCUAACAACUGCUCCCUGGAUGGCAAAAAUUCAUCUUCAUUAUUCCCCAUGUUGCUCCACCUUCACCCCCUGGAGGAGCCAGGUGGGGCCACAGAGCAGGCUCCUCCAUCUUCUCCUGCCAACUCUGUCAGUCCACCAGACCCCACAAUGCAGCCUCCACACCACUGCAGUAACAGCCAUAUCUUCACGUCACAAAGCUUCAGUACUAUCUGAAUGUGUUGAAGUACCAUCCAGCAUCCUGUGGCAACCUCAAUGUGAAUCAUGAUCACCACCGACCCGGGCUCCACAGAGGUAGCCUUGGACGCCCAGGCUCUGCACACACGUUCAAGGACACGAGAUUUUGAAGGAUCCCAGUGAGCAAAAUGUGCUUAUUUUUAAUCCUCUUAAGGAUCUCUACAGAUUGGUGUCCCACCCGCGGGAUGGUUGAGCUAAUGUGUGCUAAUGCGAUUAGCAUGAGGUUUAAUGGCCUCCCGAGACCACCACACAGAUGACUCUCAGCACACCAGACCGCAGGGACCGAUAAGAUGUGAUUAGAUCUUCAGCAAGAUGUGGACCUCGCCACGUCAUCUGAAGAUAAAGAAAAUAAAGGCCACAGAAGAUAAAGGCUAAUGGAUCUGACAGCGAUAUUUUUUUUGUUUGAUUUGAUUGGAUUUGUUUUGAUUUGAUGUAAAUUCUACAUUAAAAAAGAGACAAAUAUACAAAAUAACUUAUUGAACCAAACACAAAACUGUUUUUCUAAUACAUGGAAUGAUGUGAUUGAUUAGUCAAGGAGGUACAAUACACACAAAAAAUAUGAAUACAAGGAAAAACUCCAGUCAUUGAGUUAACCUCAAUAUGACCUUCAAUGGGAAAGCGUAGUAAAUCAUCAUUGAUUUAGUGCUAGAGUGUAUUCAGAAUAUGGCCAUUCUGACAUUCAUUAUAAAAUGCCUCAGAUAGGACCAAAAAAGUGUCUGGAGCUAUCCGUCAGGGUAAGAGUGACAACAGGUCCACAUGUCAAAAUGGGGGAAAUCUUAGCAAAUGGCUUAAUGGUUAUCCAUGAGAAUCAAGUGUGUGUGUGUGUGUGUGAGAGAGUGUGUGUUUGUGUGUGUGUGGAUGUGGUGUUGCGGUGUGCAUGCAGGCGUGUGUGCAUGUGUGUUUUCCUGUGAUAUAAUUGUUGUUUUCUUCAUCCAGUGUCUUCCAUGAAAUCACCUCAGCAUGUCACACCCUGUUUCCCCUAGAGUGCAGCGACAACAUACCUUCACACAGAAAGAGAAAGAAAGAGAAUGAGACAGAGAACUGGGAGAGAAAGGGGGAGAGAAGGGGUAGGAUACAGGAAGAGAACAAAUGAUUACCCCAGUUGAAAUAUUUCAUCAGCGAUUCCUGGCUACAUAUCCUGUGUGUGUGUGUGUGUGUGUGUGUGUGUGUGUGUGUGUGAGAGAGAGUGUGUGUGAGAGAGUGUGCUGGAGGGGGGGGGGUGUGUAGUGUAACAUAGCAUAUGCUACAGUUCAUGAUAUCUGCAUUACUGCCGACUCUAUAAUUCAAAUGCGGAGAUGCAAAGAAGAAGCCAUAACACUCAAACGUACACACAACACAUGUACCUAAGGGUGACAUAAUAUUUCCCCAAUACCAAUCGUCAGCUUACCAAAUCACAUACUAUGCCUUUAUAUUAAGCAAUUUUGAAGCCAAAUAAAUUUGAUUUGAGAAUG